AUGAUUUCGGAAGAUGACAACGGCGACCGGAAUAUUCCACUCAACACGACGGAAAACAAUCACAACACCGCACCGGCAGAUCACGACAUCCCGUACUGCUCCGAAUUCGUUCCACCGGACUCAUUCUGGCUCUCAAAAGACUCUGAAUUUGACUGGUUCGACCGUAACGCUUUCUUAGAGCGCAAGGAAUCAACCAAAGGUAACUCCAAAACCGCAAGCUACUCCAGAUCUAACUCGCAGAAGUUUUCUGUCAAUUUGAAAUCUAAACCGGCGAUUAUCGGUUUGCCGAAAACGCAACGGAAUACUCACGUUGACUCGAAUCGCCGGCAGUGUAAACUGGCGACCGUACGGAUGUUUCCUAAGCGUUCAGGCUCCGGUGGACGUACGACGGUGACGGAGCCGUCGUCACCGAAGGUUUCGUGUAUCGGAAGAGUUAGAUCGAAACGGUGCGCUAGCCGCCGUAGAGCUGCUCAAUCGACUAAACCGGUAACGAAACCGGUAAAUCAAACGGAGAAAAGUCAGAAAACCGGAAUUAUCUCGAAAAUAACGGCGUUAUUCAGGUCUGACGGUCAACGCCGGAGAAAAGACAACAAAUCGUUGAUGAAAGUAACGGUACAAACGGAAAAUUCUUACUCGAGGAAGAAUAACGUGACGGUGAAGCCGGUGAACAGUGAACCGGCGUCGCCUCCCGAUCCGCCGGUUUUAGGAGGUAUGAACCGGUUUGCUUCCGGUCGCCGGUCGGUAAACUGGACCGAUGAGAUUGAUGUAGCCGGUCGCCGGUCUACUGGUUGA